UUCCAGUCCUUUUACAAACAAUUUCUGAUUUCUAAUCUGAAGAAAAGUGCUGGUCGGAAUAACUAUCUCUCCCGAGAAUUAGUCAGACCCAAUCUGGAAUCCCUCAAUCCUUGACAGGACUCGGCGACUAAUUGUAACACAAUCUACCUGUCAUUUCCAACCCCCUCUGCUGGACUUGCCAGGAAGCUGGGACCGCACACGUGACACUUUUGCCUUAUUUCCCUGGAGUAGAAAUAACCGGGGGAGAAAGGGGGGGAAAAGUCUCUUGUAUUGCAUUUUGCUGGCAAUUUUAACUCCAUGGUGUCAGUGAGCACCAUUUGAAAUCUCGUUACUGAUUGUGCCCUACACUCUUGAUUUUGUCAGCCAACCCGCUCGCACACCAAAGCAUCCUCUUUGGCUUCGCUGCCUCUGGACUCGUGUCACGCCAGCGGGUGAAGGGAGUGGGGGUGGAAAAGGAGGCGUGCGCGCACGUGACUGACUGCAGGAGGGAUUGAGGAAGACUCCGGUUUGGGGCAGCGGUGUGGGCUGCUGCGAGAGGGCGACAGGGGAGGCUGCAACAGGUGGUGCUCGAGGCGGUGCUGCUGCUGAUCGAGGAGGCGGCCAGCGGCGCGCGGGCUGCCAUCUGGAACUCGGACCCGGGAGGCUCGCGCUCGCUCACGUGACUGCGGCUCGGACACCAACGGCCGUUGCUUGCUUGCUCUCUCUCUCUCGCAGUCAGCCCCAUCAAUCCGUCAUCCCACCUUCCCACUCUUCCUCCAUCCCUCCAUCUAUCUCCUGCUGACGAUGGCAGGUUAUGGACUAAAUGAAGACCUCCUCUUCUCCUCGUUCGUCUUCAGCUACAUCAAGGAGAACCCGUUCACUCAGCAGAUGUUUGCAAGAAAGAGUGUGCAAGGUCUACACCAUCAGCAACAGUUUCAGUACAUGAUGGACAUAAAGCAUAAACCUAAGUGUGCUGCAUUAGUUGGUGAAGACCAGCCACUGUGUUCAGAUCUCCCUGAACUUGACCUUUCAGAGCUCGAUGUAAAUGACUUGGACACAGAAACUUUUCUGGGUGGACUCAAGUGGUACAGUGACCAAUCUGGAAUAAUUUCCAACCAAUAUGGGAAUGAAUCAUCUGACCUCUUUGAGAAGAUGGAUGAAGAAAAUGAGGCUAACUUGUUGGCUGCUUUAACGGAGACAUUGGACAGCAUCCCAAUAGAUGAGGACGGACUGCCUUCAUUUGAUUCACUGUCAGAUGGAGAUGUGACUACUGUCAAUGAUUCCGGCCCUCCCUCAAAGCCUGACGGCACUCCUCCGAAUCCGGAGGCUGAAGAGCCGUCUCUAUUGAAGAAGCUCUUGCUAGCUCCUGCCAAUUCACAGCUUAUCUACAAUGAAUGCAAUGGAGGCAGCACCCACACCCACGUGACCAAUAAUAACAGUAUUAGGCCAAGCCCGGCUGUUAUCAAGGUGGAGUCAACUUCAAAUAUCAAGGCAAGAAAUAUUUGGCAGCAGCAGAAGUCACAGGUCCAGCGCCGUCCUUGCACUGAAUUGCUCAAAUACCUGACUACCAGUGAUGAUUCACCUCAGUCCAAAAUAAAUAAUCAUAAAAUUAGCAAUAGAGCCAAAAGCAUCUCCAAAAGGAAGAUACAGCUGCAAUCACAGCAGUCACAUAACCUACAAGCUCGGCCGACGACUCUGUCCCUGCCAUUGACUCCAGAAUCAUCAAAUGAUCCUAAAGGUUCCCCAUUUGAGACCAAGACUAUUGAACGUACCCUGAGUGUCCAACUCUCUGGUACUGCUGGUCUAACACCACCAACCACUCCUCCACAUAAAGCUAACCAAGAUAAUCCAUUUAAGACUGUGGUCAAAUGCAAGAUAUCUUGUAAUUCUACAGUACAUAGUCCACCACCAAAGAAAUCACGUUUAAAUGAUUCUGCUUCUAACUCUCAACUGAGCAGUCCUGUAAAGAAGGGCCCUGAACAAACUGAACUAUAUGCCCAGCUCAAUAAAACUUCAACUUUAUCCAGGGCACUUAUUACCCAAAAUGAAGAGAGAAAGAUGAAACGGUCAAGCACAAGGCUUUUUGGUGACCAUGAUUACUGUCAGUUCAUAAAUGCUAAGGCAGAAUUAUUAAAUACCAGAAUGUUCUGCAAGGAACGAGAACCUAAAAGUGGUAAACUCCAACAUCACCCUGUCAGAGAGUUCUUGUCAGGGGAGCACAAACAAACCUUUUUUUCCACUAGUGAUGAACAGGAAUAUGAGAAGGAAAGUCAGCAGCUGGAUAUACAUCCUAUCAACUACUCUAAUACCAGGAUACAACUGAAAGACCAAGAGAUUCGAGCAGAACUAAACAAGCACUUUGGGCAUCCAAGUCAAGCCUUUUUUGAUGAAGUAGAAGAUAAAGAAAGUCAUCAAAGAGAAAAAGACCUUUGUCAUGAAUAUUAUUCAAAGUUGCCUACUUGUCUCAAUGUAGGAAUGUCUCUUGAUGGUGUAUUUGAUGAUAGUGAUGAUGAGACUGAAAAGUUUCUGUAUCCGUGGGAUGGAACACCCGAUGGGUUAUUGUUAGAAAGACCUUGUUUUCGUUCUCUGUCCAGUUCCCCCUGCAGUGACUCUGUUUACUCGCCAAAGACUUAUGUACCUUCUCAAGGAAUAGUCAGGACAAGGUCUAGAUCUAAUUCCUACCCCAGACGUAGAGCUUAUUCUCGCUCCCCAUAUUCUCAUUCCAGAUCAAGAUCACCAUAUCAUAAAUCCUCUUCCAGAUCACAUCACUACUUUGAUUCAGGGAGCAGUCGGGUACAACAUAGAUCUCGUGGAAGCCCCGGUUCAUAUUCAAGGUCACGCUCCAGGUCACCUUACAGCCGCUUUAGUAGACCCAGAUAUGACAGCUAUGAGGAAUAUGAAAGUGAAAGGAUGAAAAGGGAAGAAUAUCGAAGAGACUAUGAGAAACGUGAAUUUGAAAGAGCAAAGCAAAGGGAGCGACAAAGGCAAAAGGCAAUUGAGGAACGUCGUGUUAUUUAUGUAGGAAAAGUCAGAGCAGACAUAACCCGUACCGAACUGAAGAGACGCUUUGAAGUUUUUGGUGAAAUCGAAGAAUGCACUGUCCAUUUGCGUGAAGAUGGUGACAACUAUGCUUUCAUCACAUAUCGUUACACCUGUGAUGCAUUUGCUGCCCUUGAGAAUGGAAACACUUUGCAAAGAUCAAAUGAGCCCCCUUUUGAAUUAUGCUUCGGUGGCCGUAGACAAUUCUACAAGUCUAACUAUGCAGACCUAGGUCCCUCCCAUGUUCUUCAUCCUUACAACAUUGGUGUCAAUCCCCCAUUUCCUCUGCAUCCAGACAUCUAUCCCUUGUCGGCUCCAGUUGUGAAGAACAGAGAAUUCUACAAUGAAGCAGCAGUGCUUACACCCCAAUUCAGAUGACUUUGACCCUGCUUCAACUAAAAGCAAGUAUGAUUCAAUGGAUUUUGACACCUUGCUGAAAGAAGCCCAGCGAAGCCUGCGUAGGUAACAAAUGCCAAAUGUGCUACUCGUGAAAGAAGGUCCAGAACCUUGCAGGCAGCCUUCCAUUUGACAUCAAAGAACUUGCAUUAAUCAUCUUGGGAUCUUAUCCCUCUUUACACUCUGUAUAAAUGAAGUUUACAUGAACCCAGUUGCUGCAGUAUAUGAGGAAAGUUGAUGGAUAUUCAACAAAAAGAAAAUUGAAAUGUUCUGAUAAGUUAACACUGUUCUACACAUAUAUAAACAAUAAUUUAACUGGUGGAAUAUGCAGCUUGUUCAGCAUUUUAUCUGACAUUUGGAUGUGGUGUUACAUUACUGACAAGAGUUGGGAUUAAAUACCCUGGGGUGUUUCAAAUAUUUUAGUUACUUUAAUGCUGAAAUGUAGUUUCGAAUUUACUAAUGUUAAAAUUGAAUUAUUUUUAUUUUGUGUAAAUAUGAUAAUGUUUUGUUUGUUACAGCUAUGCACUGUAAAUGCAGCCUUUCUCUGAAUAAUUAAACCAAGAAUGUAACCACAAGAUAGACACUAGUGUACACUGUUAUAUUUAAAAUUUUGGAGAGGUGCAAAGCUGAAAUGGGUAAAAGUUGUCUGUGUGUCUGCUGAACACAUGGACCAAUGCUUAUUUCCCAGUAGGUAGCUUUACAAUAAACUUGCAACUGAACAACUUAGAAAAUGAAUCAUAUCACCACUCCCAUGACAAUGUUUAAUCAUUAAAAAUGCUUUCAUUUUUGUCCUUUACAUUGAAUUAAAUUUGAGUUACUAAAUCAGGAGAAAAAUAUGAAAAGUUUACUCAUGAUUCAUGUAAAAAUGUCAAAUGUGUUCUAAAUUAUUUGUUAACACAUGAUAACAUUAUUCCAUAAAUGCCGUCUAUUUUAAAGGAAAAUUAAAAACACUGAAGCCUUGGUAAAUAAAUUUGUUGAAAAAAGACGUGACAAGAUUCCUGUGAAUAGUGUUAACACCAUCUUGCUCAACACCAACAUAUCCCAGUUACACUUUUCUUUUAAACUAAUUUAGCUUCAGGCUCUAGCAGGUGGCAUUUUGUUUAUUUGACCAUUACUAAUUUAUAUUGAGAGAACCUAAUGUCUGUCAUUGGAAAUUAACUUCAUAUAUUUGCUAAACUGAGUUCUCAACUUUGUAACUAUAUACUAAUAGCAAUAUAAAAAUUUUUGACUUAGUCAUUCAUUACCUAUGGUACCUCUAGUUUUUUUUAAUCUCUGUUCAGACUACUAUUUGAUCACAUUUCAGGUUUUUUAACUCAUUUUAUCACAUGAUGCCAAACUGAGGUUUACAUUUUCUUCCCUGGAUUUUGAAUAUUCUCCUCAAUUGUAAUAGCAAGGUUGUAAAAACAAAUACAAAAAAAAGCAAUAAAUGUUUAUUUUUUAAAAAUCUAAUUCUAGCAUAUCAUGUUUGAAGUAGAGGGCAGGCACAUUACCCAGCUUCUUUAGGUGCUUACUGUGCGUUAAAUUUCUGACCUUUUGCUACUACAGUAUUUCAUAGUUUUGUGCUUAGCAGUGGCUAGCCCAAACAAAAUAAGUGAAACUGUGCAUUUGUAGCUAAUGUUAGUUCUUGGCUAUCCUUUACAACUUGGGUAAUGAUGUUUUGUCCUGUCUGGCAAACGUGAUGAGAAUUUUAAUGAUUGUAAUAUAAAAUUUGCUCUGUACAAUAACUAGAAUAGUAAUGUAUUAUAUCAGUUAACUAUUCUUAAUUUUAAUUUAAGUAAAAUCUGAGGACACUGUGCUUUUAGGUUUGUGGGUGAUGAUUUAUUAGUUGAUGGAACUGUACUGACCAGGACAUGUGAGGAGGAACAUCCAUGUGAGCUUCCUUUGUUUGAUACUUCUACCUAUAAAGUGUGGUUGAACCAUUGUACAGAAUUACUGUAAUUUCUUUUCUAAAUGUGCAGUUCUCAUCAACCUCACCAGACUAAUAAAGGGAAACAAUGUUUCAAA